AUGCACGUUUUAAUUUGAACCACAAGUGAGACAUCAGUGAGAUCAGCUGACUGGAAGUAUGAUUUUAAACCAUUAGUCUAAACCACUUCUUUAACGAGGAAACCUGAGGCAAUUUUGUGUCGCAAUAGUGCACACUAGAGGGUGCACGCUGCACAAACUGCAUUAUGAAUAAGAUGCUUUAUUCUCUGAUAAUGGGCGGUAUUAGCCAGUGUCCGUUGGAAGUGUCUGUUAGCUAAGCUAGUUGUCACUCGCUUAAAAGAAUCAAAGGGAAGAUUUAGCACGAACUAGCUCUGCCUGGAAAAGGAAAAAAAAGGUAUAAUGGACUCGAACAGUGAGGACGGAGACUAUCAAAAUCUUGAGCAUGCCUUCCAUCAUGAUACAGCCCAGUACAGAGUGACCUAUACUCAUGGGAAAAACACAAAAGAGGUGGAUUAUGAUAAAAAUGAAGAGGUCAACAAAAAGAGGUAUCCAAUGAGUCGCUCUGGUAACAACCCAGGCAGAGUGAGGCGGAUAGUGUCAUGUAAGAGGAAGACCCAUCAUCUGACGGUGGCUUGGAGGAAGCAGCUUGGGUCAGGGAGGACUCACGAUGCUACAAACAAGGAGAAUGAGAUGAACUGCUUACAGGACAUGCAACAGGAGAUAUUUGACAUGGACCCAUGGGAGUUACCACUAAAUGUCAAUAAUAACCACAAGGCUGGUAGAACUGGUUCUGAACAAACUGACUGCUCUACACUCACUGAGCUCACAAGGGAUCAUAGUACAAUGACUGAUGUGCUCUUUGGGAGAAGUCUGAGACUGAAAGUAGCUUUAACAUUGUGGCAGAGAAAUGCUGGAGAGCUACUGACAUACUUCCUGAGAAUCCAAGACACUGGUGUGUUUGUGGAUUUUCUCCCCCUGAUCAGCAAAAGCAUUGAAGAGAGCUCUCCAAAGAUUACCAUCGGCUGUUGUGUUGACCUCUUCCCUUUAGUUAAGAAAGUCCUCACCAAUCCAUACGAAGAGUAUCUUAUAGUUGGUUUAAACUGGAUAAAUUCAGUUUUAAAGAACUGGUGGGAGGAACUAAGAGCAAGUGGCCAUAGUGGAUCAUCUAAACCUCUGUCAGAUAAGAAUUUCCGAGUCUUUAAUCAGCAGUUACUGGAAUUAUGGCACCAGGAACCUUCAUUGAAAUCUGUUCCAGGAGCUGCAGGAGACGUGGCAAAGGUCAUUGAUUCUUUUCUGUCUCAACUUACCUGACAGCAAUGAAGAGCCAGAUAACAUACGUAUCCUCUCUGGUAACAGUGGCCUGAAAAUAUUUUUAAAAAUCCUUGGUGGAAACCUUAAAUAGGAGCGUGCUACUGUGCUUUUAGAUUGUACUGUGCUUUGUCUGUAGAGAUUAGGUAUUUAUUGGCUUGCAGAGCAACUUGGACAGUUAAAAUGCUGAGAAUGUGCAAUAUGAAUUUAACUUGAUGUUGUUUCAUUGACAUGUUGUUUGUGUGUAUCUCAUUUAA